CAGACGCACGGACGGUGUUGGAUCUGUGCGCUCCUCUCCCUCUCUCUCCCUCUCUCUCCCUCUCUCUCUCUCUCUCUCCGUGCGCGUGCCCCCGCUCCUCUCCAGUUGGGGGUCUCGGUGGAGACAUGUAGCAGCGGAUCCACCGGAUCCAGCGGAUUCACCGGAUUCACGCGCCGAGCAGCAUGUAGCAGCACCUGGAGCUCCUGCGUCCUCUCCGCUCCAACCCGUUUCCGGGGGUGAGUCCCGUGCGCGUGAGUGGCUCCCUCUCCCGGAGGAGCGCGUCCCCCCCCCCCCCCCCCCGCUGCACCUCCCGGUCGAUGGUCGGUGAGGAAGCUUCCAUCUUGAGUCCCGGAUCUACCGAGAGAACCAUGGCGAGCGACUCCCCGGCGCGGAGCCUGGACGAGAUCGACCUGUCUGCACUACGGGACCCAGCUGGUAUCUUCGAGCUGGUCGAACUGGUUGGAAAUGGAACCUAUGGGCAGGUCUACAAGGGUCGUCAUGUCAAAACAGGUCAGCUUGCUGCCAUCAAGGUCAUGGACGUCACAGGAGAUGAGGAGGAGGAGAUUAAAGCGGAGAUCAACAUGUUGAAGAAGUACAGUCACCACAGGAACAUCGCCACCUACUAUGGAGCCUUCGUCAAGAAGAACCCUCCUGGAAUGGACGACCAGCUGUGGCUGGUGAUGGAGUUCUGCGGCGCCGGCUCGGUCACAGAUCUGAUCAAAAACACCAAAGGGAGCACGCUGAAGGAGGAGUGGAUCGCCUACAUCUGCAGAGAGAUCCUCCGGGGUCUGACUCACCUCCACCAGCACAAGGUCAUCCACCGGGACAUCAAAGGUCAGAACGUGCUGCUGACGGAGAACGCUGAGGUCAAACUGGUUGACUUUGGUGUGAGUGCUCAGCUGGAUCGUACGGUGGGGCGGAGGAACACAUUUAUCGGGACGCCCUAUUGGAUGGCCCCGGAGGUCAUCGCCUGUGACGAGAACCCCGACGCCACGUACGACUUCAAGAGUGAUCUGUGGUCGCUCGGCAUCACGGCCGUGGAAAUGGCGGAGGGGGCGCCACCUCUGUGUGACAUGCAUCCAAUGAGAGCGCUCUUCCUCAUCCCCAGAAAUCCUGCGCCUAGACUCAAGUCCAAGAAGUGGUCGAAGAAGUUCCAGUCCUUCAUCGAGGGCUGCCUGGUGAAGAGCCACAGCCAGCGGCCGAGCACCGAGCAGCUCCUGAAGCACCCGUUCAUCCGGGACCUCCCCAACGAGCGGCAGGUCCGGAUCCAGCUGAAGGACCACAUCGACCGCACCAAGAAGCGGAGGGGGGAGCGGGAUGAGACCGAGUACGAGUACAGCGGCAGUGAGGAGGAGGAUGAAGAGAGGGACGCCGGAGAGCCCAGCUCCAUCAUCAACAUCCCCGGGGAGUCCACUCUGAGGCGGGACUUCCUGCGUCUCCAGCUGGCCAAUAAGGAGCGGUCGGAGCUGAUCCGGCGCCAGCAGCUGGAGCAGCAGCAGAACGAGGAGCACAAGCGCCAACUACUGGCCGAGAGGCAGAAGCGCAUCGAGGAGCAGAAGGAGCAGAGGCGGCGGCUGGAGGAGCAACAGCGUCGCGAGCGCGACCUGAGGAAGCAGCAGGAGCGAGAGCAGAGGAGGAGGUACGAGGAGAUGGAGCAGGUCCGUCGGGACGAGGAGAGGAGGCACGCCGAGAGAGAGCAGGAGUAUAUCCGUAGACAGCUGGAGGAGGAGCAGAGGCAGCUGGAGAUCCUGCAGCAGCAGCUCCUGCAGGAGCAGGCCUUACUGCUGGAGUACAAGCGGAAGCAGAUCGAGGAGCAGCGGCAGGCCGAGCGGCUGCAGAGGCAGCUGCAGCAGGAGCGAGCCUACCUGGUGUCGCUGCAGCAGCAGCAGCAGGAGGCGCCGCCGCGGCCGCCGCUGGACAAGAAGCAGCUGUACCACUACAAGGACCAGGCGCCCGGGGCCAGCGACAAGCCGGCCUGGGCCCAAGAGGUGAUGCGUCGAGCUCAGAGCAACUCGCCUCGCAUCCCCCCCAAGAAGUACCACUCCUUCAGGGAGACCAGCAACCUGGACAACCUCCUCUUACUGCCCGGUUACAAACCCCGCCGCCCCCGCCCCCCCUCCUACCCCGCCCACCUCAGCCCCUCCAGGGACGACCUGCAUGUGCCACGCAUCCGGGUCACCUGCGUGCCCGACCGGGGGGGAGGAGCCUCUCAGCCGGUGAUGCGCCAGCAGAGCCCCGACUCCAGGGGCCGGAACCCAGACCGCAGGCACAAAGUCUCAAACCGGAUCUCGGACCCGUCUCUGCCUCCUCGCUCCGAGUCCUUCAGCAGCGGAGGCAUCCAGCAGGCCCGCACCCCCCCCAUGCACCGCACCGUCGAGCCACAGAUGGCCCACCUGGUGCAGGUGAAGAGUCACGGCCUCUCGGGCUCCCAGUCCCUGUACGACCCCCACGGUGUGUCCUCCUCCUCCUCGGCCUCGCCCUCCCCCUCCCGGCCUCCCAUGCCCCGGCAGAACUCCGACCCCACCUCCGACACCCCCCCUCCCCCGCCCCUGUCCCGCCUGGCGCCCCCCCUCGACAAGCUGGACCGCAGCUCCUGGCUGCGGCAGGACGACGACACGCCCCCCAAGGUUCCCCAGAGGACGACCUCCAUCUCUCCUGCGCUGGUCCGGAGGAACUCUCCAGGAAACGGACCCGGCCUCGGCCCUCGGGCUGGAGCUCACCUCAUCCGGGCCAGCAACCCCGACCUGCGGAGGAUAGACGUUUCCAUGGACACGCCCCUGAAGAGGACGAGCAGCUCGUCCAGCUCGUCCACCCCGAGCUCCCAGGGAGGCUCCAACGAGAGAGGUAAUUCGUCCAAUAAGACUGAAGGUUCCUCCCUUUCCUCCCAUGACGCCAAAGAGGACAGAGGAGAGCUGAGACCCAGCAGGCCUGCAGACCUGACGGCUCUGGCCAAGGAGCUGAGGGAGCUGAGACAGGGGGAGGACACCAGCCGCCCCCCCGUCAAAGUGACGGACUACUCGUCCUCCAGCGAGGACUCGCACAGCAGCGAGGACGAGGACGGAGAGGGCGGGGCCAACGACGGGUCGGUGGCUGUCAGCGACAUCCCGCGAAUGAUGCCGGCAGCGAAUCAAGGUCCAGGCGGGUCCUUCAACCUGCUGGCAGGUCACAACGCCGGCCACGAGGACGCGUACGCAAACAGCUCCCAGGACGGAACCCUGAGGAUGCGUGAGAAACCUAGGGAACGGAGGCGGAGCUCUGCCGCAAGCAACGGUUUCCUCAGCAACGCUAAUCUGUUCCCUGGCAACACCAACCUCCCUGAUUUGGUGCAGCGGAGCCCCCCCCCCCUGGUGUCCCCUGGCGACUCCUCUGGGGCCCAAUACGGGGGGGGCAGCGGCGGCGGCUCCAAGUCCUCCUUCACGCCGUUCGUGGAUCCUCGGGUCUACGGGACGUCCCCGACCGACGAUGAGGACAACAUCUCCGCCUCAGCGCUGUUUGCUGACGAGCUGCUGAAGCAGGAGCAGGAGCAGGCCCGACUCAACGAGGCCAGAAAGAUCUCCGUGGUCAACGUCAACCCGACCAACAUCCGGCCGCACAGCGACACGCCCGAGAUCCGCAAGUACAAGAAGCGCUUCAACUCCGAGAUCCUGUGCGCCGCGCUGUGGGGCGUCAACCUGCUGGUGGGGACGGAGAACGGGCUGAUGCUGCUGGACCGCAGCGGGCAGGGAAAGGUCUACAACCUGAUCAACCGCCGGCGCUUCCAGCAGAUGGACGUCCUGGAGGGACUCAACGUCCUGGUCACCAUCUCAGGCAAGAAGAACAAGCUGCGUGUGUACUACCUGUCGUGGCUCAGGAACAGGAUCCUACACAACGACCCCGAGGUGGAGAAGAAGCAGGGCUGGAUCACUGUGGGCGAGCUGGAGGGCUGCGUCCACUACAAAGUCGUGAAGUACGAGAGGAUUAAAUUCCUGGUGAUCGCUUUGAAGAACGCGGUGGAGAUCUACGCCUGGGCUCCGAAACCCUACCACAAGUUUAUGGCCUUCAAGUCGUUCACAGAGCUGCAGCAUCGCCCCCUGCUGGUUGACCUGACUGUGGAGGAGGGACAGAGGUUAAAGGUCAUCUACGGCUCCACUGUGGGAUUCCACGUCAUCGAUGUGGACACCGGCAGCCCCUACGACAUCUACAUCCCCUCACAUAUUCAGGGUCAGGUGACCCCGCACGCCAUCGUGGUGCUGCCCAAGACGGACGGCAUGGAGAUGCUGCUGUGCUACGAGGACGAGGGCGUCUACGUCAACACCUACGGACGCAUCACCAAGGACGUGGUGCUGCAGUGGGGCGAGAUGCCCACCUCCGUCGCCUACAUCCACUCCAACCAGAUCAUGGGCUGGGGAGAGAAGGCCAUUGAGAUCCGCUCCGUGGAGACGGGACACCUCGACGGAGUUUUCAUGCACAAGCGAGCUCAGCGACUGAAGUUCCUGUCGGAGAGGAACGACAAGGUUUUCUUUGCCUCUGUUCGUUCUGGAGGCAGCAGCCAAGUCUUCUUCAUGACCCUCAACAGAAGCACCAUGAUGAACUGGUAACCGCUCCUCUUCUUCACCCUGAACAUCGGCCACCGCCAGGAGAGAGGGACGAGCGAGGAUGACCUGUGUGUGUGUGUGUCUGUGUGGUUGUGUGUGUGUGUGUGUGUGUGUGUGUGUGUGUGUGGGUGUGGGUGUGUGUGUGUGUGUGUGGAGAACAAAGCAACAAGCUGCUGAACCGACGAUUGUGCAACUACAGGAAGAGUCAAACCACUGGAGUCGUGACCCCCCCGCCUCAGAUAGAUACCCUCCAACUGCAGGGGGCGCCACAGGCCUCGUGCAGCGGUACCUCCACCUCGGUCUUCCCUGUGGACUGUGGGACUGUCUCUGAGACCUGACAGGACGAGGACACCGAGCCGAGUAGCCUUUGACUUUCCCAUGUGACUGAAUGUGUGGACAAGUCCUUUGUGUAGCACAUCAGUGAUUUUCCUACUGCUGAUAGGUGCGGGGGGGGGGGGGGGG